AUGGACGCUGUGGAAGAAGCUGAGCUCUGCUUCCCCCUCGCCAACGACUCCUGCACCAAGACGAGGCGUCCUCGGCUGGAGGCCACGUCCGUCUACGUCCUGCUGUCCGUCAUCUCUCUGCUCACCGUGACACUCAACCUGCUGGUCAUCGUCUCCAUCUCACACUUCAGGCAGCUUCACGGCACCACCAACCUCCUCCUCCUGUCCCUGGCCGUCUCAGACCUCCUGGUGGGCCUCCUGCUGAUGCCGGUGGAGAUCCUCCUCUACGGACACUGCUGGAUUCUGGGGGACUUUGCGUGCGCUGCAAACUUCUUCCUGGGCUUCCUGCUCGUCAGCGCCUCGGUGGGGAACAUGAUGCUCAUCUCGGUGGACCGCUACAUGGCCAUAUGCGACGCCAUGUUUUACUCCACCAGGGUCAGCGUGAGAAGGGUUCAGCUGAGCGUGUGCCUCAACUGGAUGUUCUCCGCCGUCCACAGCAGCUGGCUGCUGAGGGACAAGCUCUCAAAGCCGGGCAGGUUUAACUCCUGCCACGGAGAGUGCGUGAUUACGGUUAAUUACGCUGACGGACUUGUCGACCUCUUUGUGACCUUUUUUGGGCCCGUUUCGGUCAUCGUGGUUCUGUACACGAGGGUGUUUGUGGUGGCGGUGUCUCAGGCCCAGGCGGUUCGGUCCCAGGUGAAGCAUUCAGGGGCGGCGAUGGCCAAGAAGUCGGAGCUGAAGGCGGCGAGGACGCUGGGCGUGGUGGUGGUGGUGUUCCUGCUGUGCUCGUGUCCUUACUACUACUUCAGCGUGGUGGCGGAGGACGCCCUGGUGGCGCCGGAAACCGCCGCCGCUCAGGUUUGGCUGCUGUAUCUGAACUCGUGUCUGAACCCGCUGAUUUACACCUUCUUCUACCCCUGGUUCAGGAAAUCUGUGCGGCUCAUUGUCACGCUGAAGAUCCUGCAGCCGGACUCGUGCGAGGCCAAGAUGCUGUAG